UUUCUUUCUUUUUUUUUUUUUUUGUUUCCAUAAUUUGUUGUCAUGCUGAAAUUAAUUAUUGCUUCUAUACAAGCCAUCUUACAAGUCAUGGUUGUCGUCUUCUUUGGCGCACUGUUGGCCAGAAUGGGUUACUUUAAUAUGGAUAAGCAAAGAUGGCUAUCCAAGUUAAAUAUGGUCUUCUUUACCCCUUGUCUACUGUUUUCUAAUAUUGCGUCCAUCAUUUCCUUUCAGAAAUUACUCGCUUUUUGGCCUAUUCCUGUCUUUUACCUAAUCUUUACAGUCAUGAACUACACGAGUUCAAACGUCUUUUCUCGAUUGGUAGGUUUAUCUCCAGCUUAUCGCCGCUUUGUUACUGCCUGUGUCAUGUUUUCGAAUUCAAACUCUGUCCCGAUUGCUAUCAUCUCGAGCUUAGCCGUAUCGGAUGCUAUCAAGACCUUGGCUUGGACUGACGAUGACACGUCUGAAUCAGUUGCUGCGAGAGGUAUAUCCUAUACUCUCUUUUUUGCCAUCUUUGGAAACUUGAUUCGCUGGUCAUACGGUUACCAACUACUUCAAAAGCGCAGUGAAGAUGAUACAUCAACCAUUCAUGAAGACGAAGAAGUUCAAAUCAAUAGCAAGUAUCAUUCUAUCGGUAACAUCUCUUCCUCAUCAUCUGCAUCUGGACAAUCGGGCAUCAUUAACCCCAACGAAUCCACCCAACUAUUGGCUCAAAACAAACAAAUAAGCAACAAACAUCCCGAUGAGGACAACAUUGUGAAAGUUAUAGCCAAACGCAUUCACGGUUUCAUGUCACCCCCACUCUAUGCUGCUGUUGUGGCCCUUGCUGUGGGACUUUCUCCUCUGAAACCAUUCUUGUACGACAAACAAUCCUUCUUGUAUCCCUCGUUCACCAAAGCCAUCGAGUCCUGUGGAAAGGCUGCUGUGCCUCUUAUCUUGUCUUGUUUGGGUGCUCAGCUCGUCGAUAUCUCACAAUCUCAACAUCCUGCAUCUCCAGAAAUGAAAAAACCCGUCACUCUGGCCAUUGUUCUUCGCAUGAUCAUUCCUCCAUUCAUUGUUGUCCCUCUUUUGGUUUUGUUUGUCAAGUACGGUGCUCAGUGGUCUAGCCUGGCAGGUGACCCAGUAUUCAUCACCAUGAUGAUCGUCCUUGGUUGUACACCUACUGCUAUCAACUUGGUCCAGAUUACUCAGGUGAAUCAUGUUUUUGAAGAAGAGAUGCUUCGUAUGCUCUUUUGGAGUUAUGGUGUUGUCUGUGUGCCUGCUUGUACCUUACUCGUCUUUUUGGCAUUAAGUGUUGUAGAUAAACUCCUUUAAGCUGUAUAUAAAGUUACCCUCAUUUUUUGUUUUGUUUUUAUUUGAAACAAUAAUAAAUACCAUAUUCAUUUCGUAGAUAUCAAGAUGUGUGUAGGACGAACCUUAUCAUGCAUAAAGUUAAAGAAUCUCACAUGACUACAGCGUCCCUUUUGGCAUAUUUUAUCCUUAUUUGUUGAUCCUCCCUUCCACUGUAUGACCAUUUCCUGGGAUUUGAAAGGCGUUUAUACUGCGCGACAUAAACAAUGGUUAAAGCUAUUACCGAGUAUGUAUUAAAUUUCCAUUGUGUAUGAUUAGAUGAAACUGAUUGUCUUUCCCCCCUUUUUUUUGUUUUGAG